GUCUGUAUAUAAUUGACGAUAAAUUCAUAAGUAACUAUAAGAAGAAGUAGUGUAGAAGUUAUCGGAAAUGUUUCGAGGCAGUCCUACUUCAAUGGUUCUUUGGAAAAGAGGAGUAUCUACUCUACUACCAACAACUAUUAGGACAAUUACUACGAGAACCAGUAGACUGGUAAUAAGUAAGACUAAGACUAAUAUUAAUCUUAUAGGAUUAAGACAAUUUAGUACAUUAAAUAAUCAUAUAAAGUUUCAACAGUCAUUUAUAGCACAUAAUGAUUUAAAUACAAAUCAAAAGAAGAAGGAAAAGGACAAUAAGGAGGAAAAGAAACAAGAAGAAGAAAUUCUUAAAAAGAUGAAAGAACAUAUGAAGAAUAAAGGUAAAGAUAUUAAGGAAGAAAAUCUUAAAAUUAUUAAAAUUGAUUUAUCUACAAUGCUUAGAUAUUCUAUGGGAUUUUCAGUAUUUUUAUUAUUAUUAACUAUAAUUUUAUUAAAUGGAGAUUCAAAUCAUCUGAAAGAUUUAUCAUUUCAAGAUUUUAAAACUAAUUAUUUAGAACGAGGUUUAGUUAAAAAAUUAACUGUAAUUAAUAAAUUUGCGGUUGAAGCUCAAUUAAUUUCUGGGGCAGUAUCUGAUCAAACUUAUCAAGUUAGUGGACAUCCAAGUGUUAUAUUUACUAUUGGAUCAUUAGAAUUUUUUGAACAAGAAAUGAAAUUAAUUCAAGAUAAAUUAGGUAUACCAAUUAAUGAAAGAAUUCCAAUAAGUUAUGAAGAAAGAGGAUCAUGGAUGAAUUAUGUAUUACCAAUUUUACCAACUGUUUUAUUAAUUGGAGGUUUAUGGUAUAUGACUAUGAGAAGAACUGCUUCACUGGCUGGAGGUGCUGGAGGACCAGGAGGAAUUUUUAAAAUUGGUAAAUCUAAAGCUAAAUUAUUUAAUCAAGAAAAUGAAGUUAAAAUUAAAUUUAAAGAUGUUGCCGGAUGUGAUGAAUCAAAAGAAGAAAUUAUGGAAUUUGUUAAAUUUUUACAAGAUCCUGAAAAGUAUGAAAAAUUAGGAGCUAAAAUUCCUCGAGGAGCAAUUCUUUCUGGACCUCCAGGUACUGGUAAAACUUUAUUAGCAAAAGCAACUGCUGGUGAAGCAGGGGUACCAUUUUUAUCAGUAUCAGGAUCAGAAUUCGUUGAAAUGUUUGUUGGAGUUGGAGCUUCAAGAGUUCGAGAUUUAUUUAAAACUGCUCGAGAAAUGGCUCCAUCAAUUAUUUUUGUUGAUGAAAUUGAUGCAAUUGGUAAGGAAAGAGGUAAUGGUAAAAUGGGAGGUAAUGAUGAACGUGAAAAUACUUUAAAUCAAUUAUUAGUUGAAAUGGAUGGAUUUGAAAGUUCUGAUCAUGUUGUUGUUUUAGCUGGUACUAAUCGUCCUGAUAUUUUAGAUAAAGCUUUAUUAAGACCAGGAAGAUUUGAUAGACAUAUUUCUAUUGAUAUUCCUGAUAUUGAAGGUCGUAAACAAAUAUUUAAAGUUCAUUUAGAUAAAUUAACUUUAAAAAUUGAUGAAGAUCUUAAAUCAAAUGAUAAAGUUGAUAAUUAUACAACUUAUAAAAGUUUAAAAGAAGCAGCAGUUGAACAAUUAGCUGGAAGAUUAGCAGCUUUAACUCCUGGAUUUGCAGGAGCUGAUAUUGCCAAUUGUUGUAAUGAAGGAGCAUUGAUUGCUGCACGUGAAGAUGCUGAAGCAGUUGAAGCUUAUCAUUUUGAACAAGCAAUUGAACGAGUUAUUGCUGGAUUAGAAAAGAAAUCUAAAGUAUUAAGUCUUGAAGAAAAAAGAACCGUAGCCUUCCAUGAAGCUGGUCAUGCAAUUUGUGGAUGGUUUUUACAAUAUGCUGAUCCAUUAGUUAAAGUAUCAAUUAUUCCAAGAGGUCAAGGAGCUCUUGGAUAUGCGCAAUAUUUACCAAAGGAUCAAUAUUUAAUUUCUCAAGAACAAUUUUCUCAUAGAAUGAUUAUGGCCUUAGGUGGUAGAGUUAGUGAAGAAUUACAUUUUGAUACUAUAACAAGUGGAGCAUCAGAUGAUUUAAAGAAAGUAACUCAAAUGGCUCAACAAAUGAUUUUAAAAUUAGGUAUGUCUGAUAAAUUAGGACAAAUUUGUUAUGAUACUGAAGAUAAUUCUGGAUUUAAAGUUCAUAAUAUGUAUUCUGAAGAUACUGCCAGAUUAAUUGAUACCGAAGUUAAACGAUUAAUUACUGAAGCUUAUGAUUCUUGUCAUAAAUUAUUGAGUGAAAAAAUUGAAUUGGUUGAUAAAGUUGCUGAAGAAUUAUUUAAAAAGGAAGUAUUAACAAGAGAAGAUAUGAUAAGAUUAGUUGGUCCAAGGCCAUUUACUGAAACCAAUGAUGCAUUUGAUAAUUAUCUUAAAGGUUAUGAUGCUUUUAAAGGUAAACCAAAGGCUAAAGAUUCUGAUUCAAAUCCAAAUGCUGCUGAACCAACUGCUUAAAUUUUAAUUUCUCUACCCCAUCUUGUAUAUAUGAAAUAUUGUAAAUAUUAAUUAAUCUAUUAUUACAAAUAUAAAAGU